AUGCUGACGACGGCGGCUGGAACGUCGGGCGAGGACGAGUCAUCGUCGGGGCAAGGCGAUGGCGGCACAGGCAUCGAGCCGUGGCUUCUCGAGUCUGAAAAGCCGGAAGGACGCGAGCUGGUGGCACUGCGGGCAAAGGUGCAGGAGCUCGAAGCCAAGCUGCGCAAGAGCCGACGGCGGCAGUCGUCGGCACGCGAUGCGGUCCGUGAGGCGUCGGACGCUGUGGAGAUGGCAGCGCAGUCGGCGCGGCGGAGCGCGGUAGCGACGGCACGAGCGCUGGAGGCGUGUGUCUUUGCGCUUGCGCACGACUACGUUUUUAUCUCACGCAUCCACUCGGGCAUCCGGGCUGCCGUCUAUCUCGCCACCGCGCGGGCGACCGAGGGGCCAGCGCCGAGCGGCAAGACGGCGCUCAAGAUUGUGACAGGCUACGGGGCAGUCUCGGUUGAUCGCCCACCACGCGAAGUCUCCAUGCUUCUCCGCCUCCGGGCACACCCGUGCAUUGUCUCGAUCGAUGCAUGGUAUCCGCUGUUGGACCAGAACGCGUUUGCCAUUGCCAUGCCGCACAUUGUGCACGAGGACUUUGAUCCGGCGAGUGAGCCGCGCAAGCUUGUCAAGUACAUGUGGGACACGCUACAGGCGUUGGCGUUCUGCCACGCCGCGUCGGUGGUGGUCCGCGAUGUUAAGCCGUCGAACAUCCUGUUCGACAUGGCGCGCCAGCGGGCAGUUCUCAUUGACUUUGACUGUGCCACCCAUUACGACCCGUCGGCGCCGCCGCGCGAUCUGGUCGGAACCCGCGGCUUUCUCGCGCCCGAGAUCAUCGACGACCGGCUGCGCCUCGACGGCUAUGGCUACCCUGUCGACAUGUACUCGGCCGGGCUCACCUUUUUCGCCCUCGUCUUUCGCGUCCCGCCGCGCCGCUACUCGGCCAUGACGCACCCCGAUGUGUUCGACACACUGGAGGCGGCGGCGUCGACUGCCAAGUCGCGCUCGUCGCGCGCCCAGCUCCUUGAGCUCAUCUCCGGCCUCGUUGCUGCCAGCCCUGCCCACCGCUGGACCGCCGAUGCUGCCAUCGCCCACAGGUACUUUGACGAGCUGCGCAAGCGCAAGACCGGCACGCCUGCAGCACUUCGCUCGCCGGCGCCGCGCUCGCCAGCCUCUCGAUUAUCGUCCGGCCGCAAGGGUACGAGGAUCCGCAAGCGCCGCCGUCGCCGCCGGUCGUCGGUCUCGGCCCGUCGACGGUCCAGCACAGCCCUCGGCAUCACCUCGUCAUCACAGCUCACCGCAGUCCGACAGCUGUUCUGA